AUCGUCAAUAUGCCGGACCCGAAAGACUACACCUUGGAGGUUCUGGAGGCCAUGUUUUCCAAUCGUUAUUCGACCACAGAUUCUGGGUACAAAGAACACUGCGCGCAACCCAUUCCUCCCCCACCAGUCAUUCCUCAUUGGAAAGCUCGGGACAACUCCCCAUCUCGUCAUGGAGAGAGAUCUCGUCAACGAUCUUUUCGGUCUGCCUAUGUAUUAUACGCUUUGGUUCUCAACUAUUCUUACAGGAUGACCGUCGAAACAUGGAGCGCAAUUACCAUCAGUUUCGCGACGAUCGACCCUGAACUCCUCCAUCAUGGCCCUUGUCUUCGCCACAGUUUACUAUUCGGAUAG